AGAAGGUGUAAAGCGACCUGUUUGCAUUUGAAUAGUUGAGUUGUAUUUAAAUCUUAAGCGUGUGCGGUACAAUUUAAAGUAGUGCGGAUAUGACAGCGGAAAUCAAUAAGGGUCCGGUGCUUGGCCAGCGUCAUUUGCAGGCCUUUCUUCUCUUCUCGGCGAUCACGGUGAAUUUCAUGACCAAGUUUAAUGCUGGAGUGGCGGUUGUGGCGAUGACCGAUGCCGAAAAUACCAACCCAGACUUUCCAGAGUACGAUUGGAACGAAAUGGAGCGCUCCUACAUCCUCUCCAGCUUCUUUUGGGGCUACAUAUUAACGCAAUUUCUGGGCGGAUGGCUGUGCAGGCGCUAUGGAGCAAGGAUCACCAUGUUUGCAUCAACCUUGGGAUCAGCAGUGCUGGUUGUUCUGGUGCCUUGGUGUGUUUCCUGGGGUGGCUGGCAGGCCUACUGUGGCCUCCGGAUGGCAAUGGGACUGUUCCAGGGCUUCGUGUUCCCCUGCAUCCACGCCCACUUGGCCAACUGGUGUCCGGUGAACGAGCGAAAUCGGCUGGGAGCCCUGGCCAACAUGGGCAUUGACUGCGGAACCCUGGUAUCCAUGUUUGCCAGUGGAUUGAUUGCUGCCUCCAGCAUCGGCUGGCCCGGAAUCUUCUACGUAUCGAGUGGUGUGGGAUUUUUUUGGUGCAUUAUGUGGUGGUUCCUUGGAGCCGACACUCCCGGGGAAUGCAAGUUAAUUAGCGAUGCGGAACGUAUCUACAUUGAGGAUUCAAUUAGCUCCAGUCACAAGGCGAAGGAGUCACAAGCCGGUGCCAUUCCGGUUCCUUGGAAGGCCAUCUGGACCUCGGUGCCUUUCUGGGCCUACAUGAUCACCAAAUGCUGUCAGUCAUGGGGAUUCUCCACCCUCCAGACCGAGAUGCCUGCCUACAUGAAUGGUGUCCUGCUGAUGGACAUGAAGAAAAACGCCCUUUAUUCGGCGUUGCCCUACUUCGCCUCGUGGGUGAUGGCGGUCGUCUACCUGGUCAUCGCCGAUAUCCUGCUGACCAGGGGCAUUAUGUCCAUCACUGGCAUUCGCAAGACUAUAAAUUCGAUUGCGUUCUUUGUGCCCGCGGCUGCGCUGAUUGGAGUCGGCUUCCUGGACAGCGACCAGAAGACCCUGGCAGUGGUGCUGAUGUGCACCAAUGUGGGAAUCAACGCUGGUUCCACAAUUGGCAGUACCAUAAACACCAUCGACUUGUCACCGAACCAUGCUGGUAUUUUAAUGGGAAUCGCUAAUACGGCGUCAAACGUUAUACCCAUUAUAACGCCCCUCCUCGUGGGAAUUAUGGUUAAAGAUAAUCACGAUCGUGAGCAGUGGCAAAUGGUGUUCAUCAUAUCCGCAGUGAUCUUUGUCGUGGGUGACAUUAUCUAUCUCGCUUUCGGUCAGAUGGUUAGUCAACCAUGGGAUGCACCCGACUUUUUGGACAAGCAACGCUCGGCCAAUCUACAAGAAGAGGGAAAUUCCAAGGCUCUGGAAGCAAAGCAGAGCGAGAAAUUGGAGGAAGAAAAGCGUAAGGAAAGUGAAGCUGGCUUAGAGAGCAAGGAACCCAAAAAUAAUGAUCUGAAAGAUGAGCUGUGAGAUCUUGGGAUCUAAAGAUCGAUACAAACAUUUUUUACUCAAGGCUGGUCCGAAACUUUUUUGACAAAAGUUUUUUAUAAAUACAAUCAACAUGUAUUCCUAUUAGGUAACAUAAGUUAUAAAUAUAAAAUCUUAUGAAAAAAUA